GUGAGUGGCCUCCAUGACCGGACAAUGUUAUAGUGCGGGGGAAUUCGAGAAUAGGAUCAGGAGAAGCCUAGGUAGAAAGCUCCUCAAUUGCUUCUCCCCCAUGAAGUCCAUCUAGUCUUAAAACACCAUCACACUUCAGUUCUCGGAUCGAAACUUGAUAGACACCAAGAUGGCGACAGCAACAGCCACAGCGAUGACUUCAUCACAGAUCGCUAAAUUGAUCGAUCAUUCCUUAUUACACCCAACCAUGACCGACAAGGAAAUCCUUGCUGGUCUCGAGGUGGCUAAAAAGUAUAAAGUGGCGGCCGCUUGCAUCAAACCAUACUGUAUUCAGAUGGCGAAAGAUAUCCUCAAUGGCUCAGGGGUUCUCAUCUGUGCUGUUAUUGGGUUUCCCCAUGGAAAUAGCACUACAACUAUCAAAGUGCUGGAAGCGGAGGAGGCCGUCAAAGCAGGGGCACAAGAGAUUGACAUGGUUGUCAAUGUGGGCAAAGUCCUCGGUGGUGACUUGGAAUACGUGACGAAUGAAAUUCGGGCCAUCAACGAGGCCGUUGUCAAGCACGGUGCCGCCCUAAAGGUCAUAUUCGAAAAUGAUUAUCUUGAGGAUGACCAUAUUAUACGUCUAUGCAAGAUCUGUACCUCCCUCUCUGUCGCCUUCGUCAAAACAUCAACAGGUUACGGCUUCGUGAAGCAGCCCAAUGGAUUAUACUCAUACAAGGGUGCCACAUUACCCCAUCUCGAACUGAUGAAGGCGAAUGUCGGUCCGACCGUACAGAUCAAGGCAGCCGGCGGGGUUCGGACUCUGAGUGAAGUUCUGGCGAUUGCAUCGCUAGGUGUUGCCCGGAUUGGUGCUUCAGCUACUACUGCCAUAAUGGAAGAAGCGAUUAGUCGGGAGACUUGAGCAUCUCUUCAAUUACCUACCUGAAACCUACAUACCUACCUAGGUACCUAGGUAGGUACCUCCUAUCGGGGUAUCCACUACAAGCAUCAAUAAUAUGAAAUCUUUGCAAGACCAAUACCAAGUUCCAAACUAAUUCAUUUUCUCUACUGAAUUCUACAACUUUUUUCUAGAUCCCGCCUCAUAAAUCCAACUCAGAUGUACUGUCGUGAGCUAUAUACUACACAUAUCCGCUCUUAGCUGAGCUAAUAAGGAGUCACCUGAUAUCCCUACUUGCUGGGCUC